AUGGUCCAUGACUGUGAAGGGAGAAUGAAAGAACUUAUGUGGGGUUCUGAUUCUGAAAGAGAUAUUUUACACUACUUCUUUAUCCAGGCAAGGAAAAUGAGAAGAAUGACAAUUAUUGUGAUCUUUUUUCACCUGCCAAAUGAGAAUGAAUUGCUUUUAUGUUGUGAUGGUGCCUCUAGAGGCAAUCCAGGUACUGCAGGAUAUGGAUUUAUAGUUAGAAACUAUAUUGGUGCUUUUAUUUUUGCAGAAUCUGGUGGUCUGGGAAUUACUACUAACUAUGUUGCAGAAUUUAUAUUAUGUAUCAAAGCUAUGGAAUGGGCUGUUGAAAACCAGAAUGUCAGAUUAAUUCUGCAAUCAGAUUCGAAGACUUGUAUUAUAACUUUAAAGCAACAGAAGAUUUCAUGGUUUUUCUUGGCAAGAUGGCAAAAGGUUAUGGCUGGUAUACAUUCAAUAUCUUUCAAUCAUGUUUAUAGGGAAAUCAAUUUCUCUGCUGACCAUUUUGCUAAAAAAGGAGUUCACUUGCAGAAGGGAUAG